CAAAGGCUCGUCGGCUCGCUGUUCCCGACAGCACUUUUCAAUGGCAAACCUAGCUGAGCUUCGCCAUCCAGUAGUUCAACCAGAAAGAAAUGAGCGCAUCAGAAAAUCCAGCACAUUCCUGCUGCUUUUCAUCGCAUUCUCUGCAGGAAGCCUAGCUGGAUUCAUGAACUUAUCUCAUUCACGAAACGAUGAACCGCCGAAGCACGGCGUACCGACCAGAAGAACAGCAUUCCACUUUCAACCAGAAGGGAACUGGAUGAAUGAUCCAAAUGGUGAGCGCUGCAUUUAUCUGGAUCUGUUGCAUAAUUUCAGUCUCUUACAAAUGUGCUCAUUCAGGGCCGAUGUAUUACAAGGGACAUUAUCAUUUAUUCUACCAGUACAAUCCUUUUGGAGCAGUUUGGGGUAACAUAAGCUGGGGCCACGCCAGUCUCAAGCAACCUGAUCCAGGUAUGAAACAGGUCUCUGUAGGUUAAAGUUUUUAUUGUGUAUCAACGACUGUCAAUUUUCCGCUGGCAGUGGACCCACUUGCCUGUGGCCAUUAGUCCCGACCAGUGGUAUGACGUAAAGGGUGCAUGGUCGGGCUCUGCUGUGGUUUUUGACGACGGUACUCCUGCUAUCCUAUACACUGGAAGUAGUGACGACAAUGUACAGCUGCAAAACCUGGCUCUUCCUGAAAACGCAUCUGAUCCUCAUCUGACGAAUUGGGUUAAAAGCCCGUAUAAUCCUAUAGCACGACCGCCUCCUGGAGUGAGUAAGUUUGAUUUCAGAGACCCAUCAGCGUGGAAAGGGAGUGACGGAGUCUGGAGAAUGAUUGUUGGAUCAAGACAAAAUGGGACCGACUGUGUAUUGAUGUACAAGAGCAAGGAUUUCACUAACUGGUCUGAGGUUCCCCAAGUAGUUACUACGGCGCCAGGACGAGCUGGAAUGUGGGAGGUAAGCGAUUCUUGCUCUCUCAGUAUGAUGCGACGUUUUACGUCUCUUGAUGCGUUAUUUGUCAAUGCAGUGUCCAGACUUAUAUCCUGUUUCUACAAACGGGGAAGCUGGUCUGGAUACGUGCUUCACGAAUGAAGAUUGCCAUCACGUUUUGAAGGCAUCGUUUGAUGACAGCUUUCUCGAUUACUAUGCCAUUGGAACCUACAGCCAGGCAAAUGAAACUUGGGCACCAUUGGAUUCGCGCAUCGAUGUCGAAAAUGGGCUGCGAUAUGACUAUGGGAAGUUCUACGCAUCGAAGACCUUCUUUGACCCCUCUACACGCCGUCGUAUCCUUUGGGGAUGGGUGAAUGAGUCUGACUCGCAGUACGAUGACAUAUCUAAAGGGUGGGCUUCAGUCCAAGCUAUUCCACGUGUUGUCAGUUUGGACAGGUCAACAGGAAUGCAACUGGUGAUGGAGCCAGUAGAGGAAUUGAAGCUUUUGCGAGGAAGUCACUUGCAUGAUGCUGACAUUACAUUGAAGAAGGGUACGAAGAAGCUUAUCGAAGAUUUUUCAAGCAUGCAGGUAAUGUCAAAUUUGAAGGCUUUCAAGAUCAUGCAAGCUGUGGUAAACUGACUCAACUUUUUCUGCUAGCAGGUGGAUAUGGAAGUUGUGUUCACCAUUCCCAAAAAAAUUACAUUCAACCAGUACCGUCCCCUUCAAAGUGACUGUGGUUGGGACGAAAUUUAUGCAUCAAGAGUUGUUGGGCGCUUUGGGGCCCAUGUCCUUGCUUCAACAAAACUAGAAGAGCGGACAUCCAUUUUCUUUGAGCUUGCGAUUGGACCUCUCGGACGAUGGCAAGUUCGUUUGUGCAGUGACCAGAGAAGGUACGAAAAAACAUUUUCAGCACCGUUUUGGCAAGUUCUGACUUUGUUAUGGCGCAUUCAGGUCAUCACUGGCAGAAACAGCUGAGAAGAGUAUAUAUGGGAGUCAACUCUUGUUGCAAGAAUCCGAGGAUAGGCUGCUGCUUAAAAUACUGGUGAGUAAGCAAUAUUGAGAUCAGUCCUCUUGGCCAAACUUGACAUGACAACCUUGUGAUUUCAGGUUGACAACUCAAUUGUAGAGUCUUUUGCUCAAGGAGGAAAGUCGGUCCUUACAGCAAGAGCUUACCCAACCCAGCAAUCAAGCAGAAUUUAUUUAUUCAAUAGUGGAUCAACACCUAUAGAAGUGAAGUCUCUAGAUGUUUGGGAGAUGAUGUCUGCCAACAGUGGCAUGGACCUGUAGGCCUGGUGCCAUGAGGUUGGUCAGGUUUUACAGAUAUGGUAUUUCAUGGUACAAUAUUUUUACUGUGUGGAUAUCAUGGAGGGCAGGGUAUCAUCAAGCAAGUACAUC